GGUUUGGCUCAUCUCCAUGGUAAUCGUGUUAUACAUCGUGAUAUUAAGGGUCAGAAUGUUUUAUUAACUGAUAAUGCUGAAGUUAAACUAGUUGAUUUUGGUGUUAGUGCCCAGUUAGAUAAAACAAUAGGGAGAAGAAAUACUUUUAUUGGGACGCCAUAUUGGUAA